AUGGCUGCCUAUGUUAACAUCUCUGAGCUGCAUCCCAACAUCUCUCAUCCGAAAGUGGUUGGCAUCGUUAUUGGAAAAACUGAUGUCAAAAGCUUCCCUGACAGAAAAAAUUCAAGUACUGACAGAUUCACUUGUGGCUUCACCAUCAAGGACUCACCUGACUUCUUCAUCAAUGUCUCAGCCUGGGGAAACGACACAUAUAUCAAUGGGCUCUCCAACAGCUUCAGCAUUGGAGACUGUGUCACAAUUGAAAAUCCUUUAGUUGCCACCAAAGACUUGGAGAAAGGAGACCGAUUCAGCCCUACGACACCAAGCCACUACAGGCUGCUGGUGACGGAGGCUCAUUCCCUGGUGAGUCCGUGUGCUGACACGGAGACUGUUGAGCUGCUGCUGCCAUUGAUUCACCUGCCUCCCAAAGACUCCAGCGAUUUCUACUCUCUGGUAGACAUAGUGGCCAACGGACAAAAGCUGGACGGCUCCGUGAUAAAUGUACUGGCUGCAGUGAAGCUGAUUGGAGUGACGAAGCAGUUCACCACUUCAGACGGACGCAAAGGGCAGCGGCUGGAAGUGAAGCUCUUUGAUGACUCAGUCUCCUCCUUCCCCCUCGUCUGCUGGGACAGAGAGGCCAUUCAGCUCAUGCAGACUUUGAUACCCAAGAAGACGGUCCUCUUCAUAGCCGAUGCCAAGAUUAGCUUUGACAGCUUUCGCAGCGGCAUGGUGGCAACUGUUACCUCAAGAAGCAUAAUCACUGUCAAUCCCGACAUGAAAGAGGCCAGUUUGCUGUUCAGCUAUGCCAAACAAUUGUUAGAAUCUGGAGCUCUGGAUCAAGAUGAGACUCCAGAGGACAUGCCUGUGGAAUCCAUCACUGACGUGUACACAGUGAGACAGCUGAAGCAGAAGGUCCAGGAGAGUCCUGAAGCUUUAUUUGGCAUCACGUACAGCUUCAUCUCCAAGCUUGACCUCGACUCCUCAGUUUCAAAAGUCAUCCGGACGCGAUGCUCCAGGUGUAGGUUCCUGGCAUCUGAGGACAUGCUGAGCUGCACCAACCAGCUGUGUCCGGGGAGGGAUCAAGCUUUUUCAGCCACCACAGGCUUCGACCUAAUGGUGGACGUAUCGGACCACACCGACACCCUGCACGCCUGCAUCCUCAGCAGCCCAGUGGCAGAGAAGACGCUUGGCUGCACAACAGAGGAGUUCACCAGUUUGACAGAAGACGAGCGGACUGCAAUGAAGAUGAAAUUUCUUUUGGAGAGGUGCAAAAUAUAUGUGAAGGUCUUCUCUUCUACGAAGCUAAAGACGGGGGUCCGGGGGACCAUUCUGUCCUGCUCACUGGCAGAUCCAGGGGAGGUUAAACAGCACAUGUCUGCUCUGCUGCAGCAGCACUGACAGAACAGGAGAGUGCAUGUGUUCAGUUGUCUGCUUUACCUGCUGUUUGCUACAAAGUGUUCAGACUGAGAUAUCUGUAGACGUUUAAACAUGUGGGCAGUUUCAUAGUCAGAAAAAUGGUCUGUUUGGUCCACAUUAUUUAUUUAACUUAUUUAUCUAAAUGUAUUUAUUGAAAAACAUGCUGUUGGCUGGUUUAAUGUUUAAGCUGUGUUAAAUAAAUUGUUC